CAUAUGUUCGUGCAGCAUUAACUUGUUUACAGCAACCUGGCGAACGGUUUGAUAAGCAAGCAGGGAAACAGGUCAGAGAUUAGGGCUUUUUUCAGCCUUUGCUGUCCUCGGAGCUCAGCCGCUGUUGUUUAGAGGCGGUUUUUAAGGACAGUGUGCUGCUGUGCGCGUUUAAUGCGGCGAGCGGCCCAGUGUUGACUGAUGCUGCUGCCUAUCACGCGAGCCCAUACACACAUGCUGCAGUGUUAUCGGUCUUCACACCCGCCAUGCAUUACUCCGCGAUUACCUGCAGGUUUAGGGCGAUAUCAUGCAUAUAAUGAUUGCAGUGUCAUUACUGGGUGAUACAGAAGAGUGAAACUGCAUUUUCCAGACAGCACUGGAUAUCAUGACCGACAUUCAACUUCAUACUUCGAGAGAGAACUGCGCGGUUUUCUGCUGACUGUGUUUUGGACAAGAAGCAUAUGAGCUCCGAAAGCCCACGGGACACAUUUUUCUGGAUUUUCUGAAGAGUUACAGCCGCCAACAUGAGGAUCUUCAGGACUUUGAUGAACGCUGCAUCCGUCGCCAAACAAAUCGACUUUUACUCCAGAUUCUCUCCUUCUCCUCUCUCUAUGAAACAGUUCAUAGACUUUGGUUCAGAGAACGCAUGUGCGAAAACGUCAUUCACGUUUCUAAGACAGGAGCUGCCUGUCAGGCUGGCAAAUAUUAUGAAAGAAAUCGAUUUAUUGCCUGAUAAUCUUCUGAGGACUCCUUCAGUGCGCCUGGUGCAGAGCUGGUACAUGCACAGCUUCCAGGAUAUACUGGAGUUCAAGGACAGGGAUGUUGAUGAUGAAAUGCUCAAACAAGACUUCACAGAUGCGGUGAUUAAGAUCAGAAACCGGCACAAUGAUGUGGUGCCCACCAUGGCUCAAGGAGUGGUGGAAUAUAAGGAGACCUACGGGACCGACCCCAUCACCAGCCAGAACAUCCAGUACUUCCUGGACCGGUUCUACAUGAGCAGGAUCUCCAUCAGAAUGCUCCUGAACCAGCACACUCUUCUGUUUGGGGGAAAGGUGCGUGACAAUCCUGCUCAUCCCAAACAGAUCGGCAGCAUUGACCCCAGCUGUAGCGUCACUGAUGUUGUGAAAGAUGCGUACGAAAAUGCCUGUAACCUUUGCAGCCGGUAUUAUAUGAACUCGCCCGAGUUAGUACUGGAAGAAUUUAAUGUUAAAGGACCCGAUAAACCCAGUGCUGUGGUGUAUGUGCCGUCUCAUCUGUACCACAUGGUGUUUGAGCUCUUUAAGAAUGCCAUGCGCGCCACCAUGGAGCUUUAUGAAGAUGCCAUGGAGUAUCCUCCAGUGCAUGUGCAGAUCGUCCUGGGCCACGAGGACCUGACUGUGAAGGUCAGUGAUCGUGGAGGCGGAGUCCCGCUGAGGAAGAUUGACAGGUUGUUUACCUACACGUACUCCACUGCCCCUCGUCCUCAGAUGGACACGUCUCGAGCCACUCCUCUGGCUGGUUUUGGUUAUGGGCUGCCCAUCUCCAGACUUUACGCCAGAUAUUUCCAAGGAGACCUGAAGCUGUACUCUAUGGAGGGAUUCGGCACAGAUGCUGUCAUUUAUAUCAGAGCUUUGUCCACUGAGUCCAUCGAGAGGCUUCCCGUUUACAACAAAUCUGCCUGGAAACAUUAUAAAACCAUCCACGAAGCCGAUGACUGGUGUGUUCCCAGCAAAGAGCCCAAGGACAUGACCACCUUCCGCAGCUUCUAGUCUGAUCUCAAAGCUUGUGUCGUGAAUGUGUUCGUCCAGACUCCCUCUCGCACCCUUCACCAAUGCACCUGCUUCAGCAGACCAAAUAAAGCGUCUUACCUUCAUCUGUCCGCCCUGUGUAGAUCAGGAUAGAGGAACAAAAGAGACUGGGGCUCAAAGGAAUAUAUAAAAGAGCAUGCUGAAACACUACAUGUUUCUAGUAUGUUCUAAUGAAAAAGUACCAGAUGUUACCAGUGUUAUAAGUUCGCACAGGUGUUGCUAGUGCCAUCACAUCCCCAGAUAGACAAUUUAGGCUGUUGUCCUUCUGGUGUAUUAUUUCUGAGUGUGAUCCAGUAUGUGUUUAAUGACCUAUUAAUCUUACAUUUGGAUGUGUAAGCCAAUAUAUAUUUAUUUGUCUGUCAUCACGAGACAGACUGAAGUGUUGAUCAUUUUUGCUUUAAACGUGCAUGUUGUGAUUUGGGAAAUCAAGCUUGUGUGUCACACAGCUGUGGGCUAUAAUAUAUACACCAGCAUAACUGGUGUACACUCCGUGUGCAGUCCCAUUUUGUUUUCAGUUUUUUUUUUUUUUAAAGUGAGAAUGUAGUGUGAAGAGUUUGAAAGUGUUAAACGCUUCACACCACUAGAAAAUGUUCAGCUUGCUUCAACUAAGUAAUGAACAAUUCCCGCACUUAAAUGACAAUAAAAAGGAACAAACGCAUGUACGUGUGUGAACUGUCGGCUUCUUUAGACCAGUUUGAAUCUGUUCCAAGUGUUUAGUAGUUUGAAACUCAUCCUGUUUCAACAGCAGUCCUCUACUGGACACAGACUGUAACUGCAGACUCAGUCAUUGCGCUUUCCUGCAUGUGCUUUGACUUAUUUUCUUGAGUCAUUUGUGCAAUUAUUAGUGUUUUUGUGAUUUUUAGAGGAUGUGUGAAGUCAGUUCACACAGGUUUCCUACCAGAGUAACCAAAGAUACAUCUCCAUUACGUACAUUUACAGUCCCACGAAGUAUCAAAAUGCAUUUUGUUUUAUUUUAAAGAGUUGUGUUUUUCUAUUAUUUGAGGUUUGUGAGGUUUUUGGGGAGUAGGAUAUGUUUUCCAGUGCAGUGACAUUCAAACUUUAGUGUACAGUAGUGAUGGGAGAAAAGAUCCUUUUCGAAACUUUGAAUCAAAUUCGAAUUCGCGAAACAAGCGCUCAAAACAACACACCGGUGACGCCGGCUGCUCAGAACUGUCUAAAUGUACCAAAAAACUUAAGCCAGACACAGAUCAAAACCAUAGACUGUAUAAAAACAUGGACGUAGUGUCCGUGACGUCACCCGUA